AUGGAAGAUAAAGCACUCUGCAAUGAGAAGAAAAAGGGCUCUCAACCUGGAUCAGUGAAAUUUGAAGAUGUGGCUGUGAUUUUCACUGAGGCAGAGUGGAAGAGACUGAACCUUGAGCAGAGAAACCUAUAGAAAGAAGUGAUGCUGGAGAAUUUCAGGAAUCUAGUCUCAUUGGCAGAAUCAAAGCCAGAAGUCUAUCCCUGGCCCUCCUGCCCUCUGGCCUUUGGCAAUCAGCAGUCUCGCAGCCAACAUGAGCUACGAAAUCAUCCUGUCCCAGAUUUACAUACAGGAAAUCAACUCCAACUAGAGGAUCCUUGCCCAGAUGACCACCAGCAGCAGCAACAACAUUCUGAUAAAAACUGGGGGGCCAAAGCAGAAGAUCAAGGAGUAGGAGGCUCUAAACCCUUGUUCUAGACAAAUCAGAGGGAGACUUCAGUGGUUUUCUCCAGCCCACCCCAGGGGCCACCGGUAAGCUCUCAGGGAGGCAACAGAGUGUUGAAGAUACAACUCAGUCCAGCCCAGAGGGCAAGUCCACUGACUACUUCUGGGGAAGUAGACAAAGUUCCUGAGAGGGUAGAAAUAUCAGGAUUUGGAGCAGUCGAGUUUGGAGGGUGUGGACUAGAUCUUGGCUAAAGCCAGAAGUCAAACCAAUUCAGACACAAGGCAGUCACAGGGAAAAAAUCUGUGUGCAGGGAGUGUGGGCGAGGCUUUAUCAGGAAGUCACACCUCAUCAGACAUCAGAGGACACACACAAGGGAGAAGCCGUUUAUGUGCACAGUGUGUGGGCGAGGCAUUAGUGAAAAGUCAGACCUCAUUAAGCACCAGAGGAUUCCCACAGGGGAUAAACCUUAUGUGUGCAGGAACUGUGGCUGAGGCUUUAGGGUGAAAUCACACCUCACCACACACCAGAGGACAUAUUCAGGUGAGAAGCCUUUUGUUUGCAGGGAGUGUGGGCAAGGCUUUAGGAAUAAAUCAACCCUCAUCACACACCAGAAGACACAUUCAGGGGAGAAGCCUUAUGUGUGUGGGGAGUGUGGGCAAGGGUUUAGCCAGAAGUCAUCCCUCAACUCAUAUCAGAGAACACACUCAGGAGAGAAGCCUUAUGUGUGUGGGGAGUGCCUUGGGGUAAGAGAUGGGAACUAA